AUGUCACAGGAGGCCUUGGCCAAAGUGCUGGCUGCGCCAGCCCUGGUGCCACCACCUGGUGUUACAGCCAAUUUUGACAAUCCUCCCAAUGGAAACACUCUCGCCUGGGCUGUGACAACAUUCUGUACGGUUGUGAUAACGUUAUGUAUGUUUCUGCGUGUCUUUGCUCGAUUGUGGCUGGACAAGCGAAUUCGCAUUGAAGAAGGUGAGUGGACGAAUCUUCCAUGGCGUGGAGCUUACUGGGGUACAGCUUACGCCAGCUAUGCCCUAAUUUCAUCACCCGGUUAUUUCGUGCACACUUGGGACCUCACCAAGAAAGACCUCAUUCGACCUCUAUUUCUCAUCCUCGUCUACGGCUGCAGCUACUCAACAGUCAUUCCAUUGAUCAAGAUAGCCAUCCUGAUCGGCUGGUGUCGAGUCUUCGUCGCCGUUGAUCGAUCGAGAAACCUUUUCUGGUGGGGAUGCAUGUUCGUCAGUUGUAUCCAGUGUGCCUGGGGAGUCGCCUGUAUCAUCCUCCUAAACAUGCAAUGCACUCCACACGAAGCGAUCUGGUUAUUCUACCUGCCUAGCAAAUGCUAUCCCCUCUCGAAGAUCCUGCUUGUAUCCUCCAGCAUCCAGAUCAUAUCCGAUAUCGUGAUGUUUAUCCUCCCACAAAAGAUCAUCUGGGGUCUCCAAAUGAACUGGCAGAAGAAGCUAGGUGUAUCUAUCAUCUUUGGCGUCGGUCUAUCCGCCCUAGUCACAGCCUGCUUCCGUCUCUCACACACAAUAAUUUUCGCGAAUCAACCGGACAGCAUGUACUUCAUAGGACCUCUCCUGUUCUGGGCCUUCGGUGAAAUGACCUGCGGCUUCUUCAUCUUCAGCAUGCCCUUCUUCUCAAAGCUGAUUAUCAAAUCUGAUCUACCCAGCCGAGUCAAGCGCGCUCUCGGCGACAACGGUGCUAAGAACAGCAACCUACCCUUCGAGAACCGACCCAGUCAGCCAUCUGGUCCUGGUUCCGGCUCUGAGGGGUUUGCUAAACCGUGGAUGAAACGGCGACACAAGAAUCCUGAGACGACCUGGUCUCAGCUUGACGAUGAUGCUAUACCGCUUGGGAAUACUGGUCUUUCUGAGUCACGGGAGAAUUUACAUUUGAGGAGGGAUUUGUCGGAGGAUCGAAAAAGUGGGAGUGGGAGCGGUAAUGAGAAUGGGACUGGUGGUAUUCAAGUGAUGCAUACAACUAACGUAACGGUUUCGAGGGAACCUAGUGCUGGUAGCGAGCUUUCCUCGAUUACACCUUGGGUCCAAAAGGGGUAA